AUGGCUUCUCAACAGGGCAGUGGCACGACGAAAUCCAUCGUAGACUCCCACAUCCACCUCUACGCGGCAUCCCACAUACCGUCGUUGAACUGGACCGGGGAUCUCGCAGAAGACCAUCCACUGAACAGACAGAAUUCCCUCGACGAGUAUCGCGCCGCCACAGGGAACCGAUCGCAAGAGCUCCGAGGCUUCGUGUUCCUCGAGACAGACCGCAAAUCAGGGCUGCGAGAUACUGAAUGGCAGGAUGCUCUGGAGGAAGUGGACUUCUUGGUCCGGAUCGCCCGAGGCAGCCCACGAGAAGGCGAAGGUCACCGACCUGAAGACGCCAGGUUAGUCUUGGGGAUCGUGCCGUGGGCACCAGUACCGGCUGGAGAGGAGGGCGUCGCAAGCUACGUUCGACAAGUCCAAGUGCGCGCAGGCGAAGAUGCAUGGCCUCUCAUCAAAGGAUUUCGCUAUCUCGUCCAGGAUAAGCCCGCCGGGACGAUGAUGCAGGCAAAGUUCAUCCAAGGCCUGCAGUGGCUGGGAAGGCACGGUCUCACAUUCGAUCUGGGCGUCGACGCCCGGUCUGGCGGGAUGCACCAGCUCCAGGAAGCAUGUGCGAUGAUGGAGCGAGUCUAUGCUGGCGGGAAAGACGGCCCGAGAAUCAUCAUUAACCACUGCUGUAAGCCAAACCUGCGGCUAUCUGCCCAAGAAGCCCUCGCGAGCAACGGCCACAGUGACUUUGCAGAGUGGAAGGACUGCAUCGAGCAGAUGGCCCAACACCAGUCGACCUACAUGAAGCUCUCGGGCCUUUUCUCCGAACUGCCGGAACAAGACGAAACCCGUCCGACGGACGUCGCAGCCCUUGUCGAGUGGACGAGGCCCUGGGUCGACGUCGUUUUCCAAGCCUUCGGGCCUUCGAGGAUCAUGUUCGGCUCAGACUGGCCAGUGUGCAAUGUCGGGGGGCCCGGUGUCGUCAAAUCAUGGAGUCACUGGCACGACCUAGUGGAAGCGAUUCUCGCCUCGCAGAAUUUGACAGCUGAAGAGCAAGCUCAGAUCUGGUCUGGCACAGCCAUCCAAGCAUACGGUAUCCAAUUGCCCGGUUCAUGA